UCCUAUAGAUAGGGCUGCCCGUCCACUUGGAUCGAAGGGGCGUGUCAUUCUGGACUCGGUGGUGAUCGUAACCACGCAUAGAGGAGAGAGGAGCGGAUCUUUCCUGCGACGUCGUUGGUGGAGGUAACUAGGAGAGAGAGCGACGGAUCGCACGUGUCUCGGAAAGGAGGAUCGUCUUCUUCCGCGGGCUAGGACUCAUAACCGGAAGAGGUUCUCAUCGUCGAAGGUGUCGCUCGGGAAGGUGUAUAGUCGGUUCGGCGGUCCGACGGCUACUAUGGCGGCGGCUGCGCCAAUGCUGCUGCUGGUGCUUGUCCUGCAGCUGGCAGCUCAUGCGUCCGCGAUAUCGCCCCCCGGGGAUUCGGUUCGGAUCAACUACUUCAGCGCCGCCGGGAGCGGCUGUCCUCCCGGGAGCACGCAGGGGUCCAUCUCCAGUGACGGCAAGGCGCUGACUGUGAUGUACGGCAACUACACUGCCUCGACGGAUGGGUCGCUAGCGGAUCAAAGGAAGGCCUGCACUGUGACGGUCAGCCUGAGCUAUCCACGUGGCUUCGUGGUGAAGGUGGGGACGGUCACACUGCGCGGGUAUGCUAACCUCGAGAAGGGCGUGACGGGGACGGUGAAGACGCAGUACUACUUCUCUGGGCUGUUGGGGACGGCGAAAGUCAGUCGCACCAUCAACGGCCGCUUCAACAACAACUUCGAAUUCACGGACCAAUUUGUCUCCGCGGUGUACAGCAAGUGUGGGGUGCAAAGAUCCCUCAAUCUCUUGUCGGAGGUGCGCGUUAAUCCCGGCAGUUCAGGAAAGAACGGAAUCGUCACCAUCGACUCUCAGGAUCUGGCUCUCGUGCAAGUCUUGCAACUCAUCUGGGAAACCUGCUAGUCUACCACGUGUCAGUGAACGUCUGCCAGCCGGCGAAUCAUUAGCGGACUAGAAGCCUGUAGCAUCAUAGCCACGGUGGUCAGCAGAUCGAUCGACUGGUCAGGAGGUAGAGGGACUGGUCGGAAGGUCGAGUGGUGGGUGGGAUGGUAGAGCGGGUGGUCGGGAGGUAAGGUCGAGCGACUGGUCUUAUGGUGAGGUCGAGCGACCGGUCGGAAGCUUGAGCGGCUAGAAGGAAAGUCGAUUGUGUGCCCGGAAGUUGGAUAAGUCGGUGGACUUGGUGUCAGGGCUCAGACAACUCUGCGUAGGGCAUUCUGCGUAUGUUUUCAUACAAAUAUGUGUAUGUGUAUUUAUUCAAGUUGGAAGGUAUUUUGUGAAUUACAAUAUCAUAUUGCCACCGAACUUAGGUGUUAUUUUCUUGAAGGAGUAGUUGGUCGUCGGAAAUUCCUCAUCUUGCCCGCAGUUUGCCGCCACUUUGUGCUGUUUGGCGACUUUUGCUGCCGUUUUGGUGGCGCACUUUAUGCGUGCACAGGUCCCCUGCCGAAAUGCAACGAACACGCGUCUGUGUGUGUGUGUGUAUGUGUGUGCUUGUAUGCUUUCUCGUGUCCGGAAGCGAAUGUAUGGCCAUUGCUUUUCUUUCUUUUGAACGGCGUGCAGCGGUCCUCUGCCGUGAGCAAAUGACGUGGACUGCGUGCCUGCUCAGCUUCCCAUGGCAGACCAGCUUUCGCCACGUGUCUGUUCCUUCUGAUAACGUGUGUGCUGGCGAUCUUGGACUGCUGAACUUGCAAUGCGCUUGCGAUCGUCUUUUUUCGAAUUUUGUGUUCACGAUCAUGAUGAGGUAGAUAGUCGAAGGGGAGAAAAGAUAAAUGAUGGAAAGCAGU